AUGGCAUUCUACUGCUGCAGCAGACUAGGAACGAAAUCGGUGUUUGGAAACUUGGCAAAGUAUAGAUCUGCUUUGGGAACAGUGUCAUAUGCUCAAUCUGCUUCAGUUCCUAAGAUAACCUUCAAGAAUUUCGAACCUCCAAAGGAAGAACAUCAUGAUAUUAAGAAUGAACGCCUCAAGAGACCUCUUUCUCCUCACCUUACCAUUAUCGAGUACCAGCUGACCAGCAUUCUAUCAAUUUCCCAUAGAUUUGCGGGAAUGAUUCUGUCUGGGUAUGCUACAGUGUUAGGCGUUGGGGCCUUGGUGUUGCCAAAUGAUAUUUCGCACUACAUAACUAUGAUUGAGGGACUCAAUUUGUCCCCGGCAACAUUAUUUUUGGCUAAAGUGCUGAUAGCCGCGCCAUUCGGUUAUCAUUUUGCUAACGGAAUCCGGCAUUUGUACUGGGACACAGCUAAAGGUUUGUCGAUUAAAGAAGUUUAUUCAACAGGAUACACCAUGUUGGCUGGAGCGGCCGCACUUACAUUGAUUUUAGCUGCAUUGUAA